AUUCAGCGCAGAUUGUUAGCAGAAAGUUCUCUCGACUUUACGAAAGACACAAAGAUAACAUCAAUGGAGACUGCAGUAAAGAAUGCACAAGGUUUUACAUAUCAGCCAAUAUAAAUACUGAGAAACCUGCGACAUUACACCGUCUAGAGACUCUAGACAACCAAAGACAAAGGACCAAACAAGGGCCAAAGCCUGAAUGUGGACGGUGUAGUAAACGUGAUCCUCAUCAAUGCAAAUUUCGCGACACUGAGUGUUUCCUUUGUAACAAGAAAGGACACAUGGCAAGAAAAUGUCGAAGCAACUCUAAGGUGACUGGGAAAAAUCAACGAAACAACAACCCUAACUCAGGCACUAGCAGCAACUAUUUAAACAUGAAGGAUGACGAGAUCGAAGAGGAAGACGACAACGAUGGGAUUUAUAGUUUGGGGAAAACACGAGCUGAGCCACAGGUUGUUGAUGUUCUGGCGAGCAAUGAAAGUCUAAAAAUGGAAGUAGAUACUGGUACUGCA